UCAGCAAACACUUCCUGGCCAUAAAAUGGUGAAGGAUCUUAGCAGCACCCCAGCCUGUGAGCUGGACAAGUUCAUACGUGAUCAUCUCCUUCCCGAUUCCAGCUUCCAUGCUGAGGCCAGAGCAGACGUGGACUUCAUAGGUGCUUUCCUGAAGGAGAGAUGCUUCCAAGGUGCCACCCACCCUGUGAGGGUCUCCAGGGUUGUGAUGGGCGGCUCCUACGACGAACACACUGCACUCAAGAGCAAGUCAGAGGCUAAAAUGGUGGUGUUCCUUAACAAUCUCACCAGCUUCGAGGAGCAGUUAAAGCGACGGGGAGAGUUCAUUGAGGAAAUUCGGAAACACCUGUGUCAGCUGCAGGAUGAGAAACCAUUUAAAGUGAAGUUUGAGGUGCAGAGCUCAGAGGAGCCCAACUCCAGGUCUCUGAGCUUCAAGCUGAGCUCCCCUGAGCUCCAGCAGGAGGUGGAAUUUGAUGUGCAGCCAGCCUAUGAUGUCCUGUAUGAACUGAGAAACAACAAGUAUGCUGAACUCUACUUGUACAACAAAAUCUACGCCCAACUCAUCCAUGAGUGCACCACACUAAAGAAGGAGGGCGAGUUCUCCAUCUGCUUCACCGACCUCCAUCAGAGCUUCCUGGAGGAUCGUGCACCCAAGCUGAAGAACCUCAUCCGUUUGGUCAAGCACUGGUAUCAACUGUGUAAGGAGAAGCUGGGGAAGCCGCUGCCCCCACAGUAUGCCCUGGAGCUGCUCACAGUGUACGCCUGGGAAAGUGGGAGUAGAGACUGCGAAUUCAACACAGCCCAGGGCUUCCGAACUGUCUUGGAACUGGUCACCAAGUACAAGUGGCUUCGAAUCUACUGGACAGUGUAUUAUGACUUUAGAAAGACGAAGGUCUCUGAAUACCUGCACAAAAUGCUCCAAAAAGUCAGGCCUGUGAUCCUGGACCCUGCUGACCCAACAAGGAACGUGGCUGGUACCAACCUACUAGGCUGGGGGCUGUUGGCAAAAGAAGCUGCCAUCUGGCUGCAGUCCUCCUGCUUUAGGAACUGUGAUACGUGCCUCGUGGGCCCCUGGGGUGUGCCGAUGAAGGUCGAGAUUCCACAGGACUGUGUCCUUCUAUGAGCACCAAAGCACCUGCCAGGAUGCUCAAGAGUCAGGGAUAUGAGAUCCUUGCUCUGCUGCAGGCCCUUGAACCAGAGAAGGGGGAAAGCUGCUCACGGCCCCAAUCAGGGAGGGUCCAACCUGUGAUCAGACUCCAGGCUUCUGACCCCUGCCUUCUCACCCCUGCAUCCGGUCCUAUCACAGAUAGCCUUCUUCGAAGCCUGCUUUAUCUGCCUUAUCCACCAACAGUGUCCUCCGGGAGAUGAGAGAUUCAGAAUUCAGAAGGGGAGGCAGGAACUCAAGCUUGACUUCCACCUGUCCACCUGUUGGGAGGUUCUGUCCAAUGUCUGAUGCACAAUAAUAAAUCACAGAGAGCCAUGA